GGAACAAGCGGCAGCCCUCGGCAACGGAAGCCGCGGGGGGUGUUCAAACCACCGCCACCCCCUGCCCCAGCUGCGCGUCCCUCGCCGUGCCCACCGGUGGGGAGCCGGCCGGAGGGCGGCGUGCGGCCCCCCCCGCACCACGCGGGUGGGAGGGCGGGCUGACCAGCCCCGCCGCCCCCGAGCCUCGCCGGGGGUCGCGCUCUGCCCCCGCCACCCGCAGCGGGCCGGCGGGCCGCCCCCUCCGUCCCCCCGCCCGCCGCGGCUCCCAUCCAUAAUUAAUCGCCUCCCCGCAGCCGCCGCGAUAAGAGAGGGCGGGCGGGGACGAGGAGGCGGCGGCGGCCGGGAGGCGGUGGGGGGAGCGUUGCGCGCUCGCCGCGCCCGGCUCACUGCGGCCGGCAGCUGCCUGCCGUGCGGAGCGGAGCGCAGCGCAGCCGCCCCGUCGGGGAGCGCCGCGCUCGCAUGGCCGCGCCGCGCCGCGCCGCCGCCGCCGCGGGGCCGGGGGGGGCCGCGGGAGGAGGAUGAGGCGGGCGGCGGGGCGGCGGCGGCGGCGGCGGCGCGGAGGAUGAAGUGGAGCGUGCGGGGAGCCUGCGCCGCGCUCUCCAGCUGCCUCCUGCUCGCCUGCGCCCUCAGCGCCGCCGCCGUGGGCCUCAAGUGCUUCUCGCUGGGCUCUGAGCUCAAGGGCGAGCCCUUCCGCCUGGGCACCGCCGCCGGCGCCUUCUACUCGGGGCUGCUGCUGGCCGCCGGCCUCUCGCUGCUCGCCGCUGCGCUGCUCUGCUGUCGCCCGCCCGACGAGGCGCCCCCGGCGCCGGCUCCGGCCCCAGCACCGGCCCCGGCCUCAGCCUUGGCGUUGGCUCCGGCCGGGGACCCGGACCCGGCGAGCGGCAGCCCUUGCGGGGCGGAGGCGGCGGCCGCGCCGUCGGGGCCGGUGGAGAAGGCGUCGCCCGGCGGGCGGCAGAACUUCCUGCUUCUGGGGGUGCUGGUGUUCAUGCUGGGCGUGCUGAGCGCCUUCGCCGGCGCCGUCAUCGACGGCGACACCGUGUCGCUGGUGGAGAGGAAGUACUCGCACUAUUGCCUGCUGCAGCCCGGCGGCGCGGCCCGCCCGCGGAGCGGCCCCGCGGCCCCCGACGGCUCCGCCGCGGCGCUCCGCUGCCAAAAGCUGCGGGACUACCAGCAAGGCUUGGUGCUCUCCACCGUCUUCAACGCGCUGGAGUGCCUCCUGGGCCUGCUCAACCUGCUCCUCGUCAAGAACUACAAGGCCGCCCAGCAGCGCGGACGGAGGCGGCGGCGGCGGCGAGCGGCCCCGGCGGCGGCGGCGUCGGGCGGGCGUCGAAGGCGGCGACGGGGCGGUGGCGGCGGGCGGCGGGCGCCGCGCCACAGCCAGGGCUCCCUCUUUUCCGGCGGCGAGCCCGAGCUCAGCCCCGGGGAUUGCCCCUUCCAGGCCGUCUCCUACAUCAACGUGGGCGUCUUCCACGUCUUCGACGAGGCCGGCGUGGAGGUGCACUGCGGCGGGCAUCCCUCCGUCGAGCUGCCUGGCUACUCGCCCAUGGACCCCGAGCUCAACGCCUCCUACCCCUACUGCUACCCGGUGCCCAGCGAGCAGCCCCCUGCCUACGAGGAGAUCUACCCCGGGGAGCCCUGCGCUCACGGCACCUAGCGCGGACCGCCGGCGGGACGUCCGGCUCCCCGCCCGGCCCCUGGAUCUCCGUGACAGCCGGGAGCGGGACCUGCACCGGGACUGGGAGCGGGCCCGCCAGCACCUCGCAGCCGCGGGGCUCGGGGACGAUUCUCGCAUCACCGACGGGAUGGUCCCUCUGCCGCGGCCGCAGCUUGCCACGGGCGGGGUGCCGCCGUGCCUCUGGCUCUGCGGAAGCUUCUCCUCCCUCCUUCCCUGCUUUCCCUUUCCUCCCCCUCUUCCUUCACCCACACCGACCCUUCGUCCGCCGGCGGCUGAAUUUUCCGAAGGCUGCGCAAGAAACGCCUAAGGGUUGGUUCCUCCCGUCGCCUCUCCUCUGUAGCCAAGUUUAGUUCCCUUCAAGUGAUUCAUCAGUCUCCAGCUUUAGAAGUCCAGAGUUACCCAUUUAUGAUAACCAGCCAGUGUAAGGAAAAGGUGUCAUGAAGCUUCUUUACCUCUCAAAAGAGCUAAAUUUCUAAACAACGCAGAGACAUUUGUGUCACGUUUACUAGAGGUGUAUUGGGGAUCUUUAACGUUUACACUACUCCUUGGGAGAAUUGAGUUCUGUUUAAGAUUUAGUGAGUUAAAACAUUCGUUGGUCUUGUAAGAUGCACAUUGAGAAAAACCUGCACUUUGAAAAAGAAACAGGAAAAAAAAAAUCAACGUUUUUGUACACUGACGUGCCUGCUUUUGUUGAUAACUUCUUACUGUAAAAGCUUUCAGAAGUCUAUAGUGAAAAUGUUUGGUAAAUUCACUGCAGUUUAAAAUUGAUGAUUAGUUCCUUUACUAAAAUAACUGAGAUGUUGCUAGGAUAUGGCAGUUAAAAAGGAAGUCCAAAUGUCAUACACAUUCCUUUUUGUAAACAGGUUCUGUGUUUUUAAUGCAAGGCAGGAUUUCUUUUUGUUUUGCACAGGUGAAGGGUAUAAUUCUAUUUUGUACAACUACAUGGUUUACCUUGUAAAGAGUUCCAUUUUAUCUGUUACAAUUCAUCAAUCUGGUAAGCUUGAAUAGUACAAGUUUUAUUUGAAAAAUAUAUAUAUUGUAAACAGCCUUAACUGGUGCAGUAGUCACAGUUUUAAAGGAGAGGUAAAAAAAAAACAUCCUGGAAGACAUCUUCCACAUGUGUUUUCAAAACGGUAUUUAUACUCUUAUUUUAAAGUAAGGAUUUUUUUGUUUGUUUUGUUUUGUUUAUUUGAAGAAAGGCCACUAUGAUUUCUGAAAAGGGGGAGGGGAGAAGUAAUGGGAUUGUGUUCUGUUAACUCUUCAUGAACUUAGAAGUAUUAAAAAGGUUUUCUGCAAAGAGAAAAAGUGCUAAAUCCUCCUUUUGGAUUUUGCUGUGGAAUGCCACUACCAGAUAGUGUAAAAAAAGUAUGAAUUAAAGAGAAGCAGGUAUGGCAUAUUUUAUUACAUCAUUUGAGAACAGGCAACGGCUUGAUUUCAUGUCGCACAAAGAACCAAAAAGCAACUCUCCUGGUUGCAUUUGGUUCAGUACCUCCUCCUCCGGUUACAGCAUACUGAAAUGAAGUAUUACAAAAUAACCUUUUUGUUAAUCCUGUGUUUGGAGCCUGCUGCAUAAUGCCAGUGUAUCAGCUACCCAUAGGCAGAGGGGGGAAAGAGAGAGGAGAGUGAGUUAAGGGUAUGCAAAGUUACAGUCUAUUUCUGUGGUUGAUGGAAAAUUAUUUUGAACUUUUUAGCUGCAGAGAGGCUGACGUAAUUUGCAGCCUUAGAACUGGAGAGAGAAGAUUUUAGCUUAAAAUAUUCAAAUAUCUCUGCACUGUUUUGUUUUCUAAAAUGUUUUGACUUGCACACUUUGUAUAAUCUAAAAUGCAGAAUGCCUGAGAAGUCUCAAAGUUGCAAACUGAUGUCUGUGAAGCUCACAAUUAAAGCUCUGAUCUAGAGAAGAGACUAAAUAGCAGCAGUUGCCAAUUUGCCAAGUAGUUCUAAAUAGAAAUUUAAAAUAGAGCUCCUUUUGACCAGCAGAUUUCCUGGUGUGGAAUGCCAGUCUAAAACAUAUGCCCUAGCUAAUUCCCGUUUUAGUACUGAAGACUGGUUUUAUGCUGCCUCUCUGCAGAUGCACCUCCUUAACCCAUUACGGGAAAGUGACUGGAAGUCCCAUAAUCUUUUCCUAAAAUACUGAUUUAGGCACAAGACCUAUUCCAUGAUGUAUUGCUCAUACAGAUGAGAUUUUGCAAAAUAAGUAACUAAAGCAAGGAGGCUAAAUCCUUAUGUAGGUCUCCAAUUGGAUGAGUUUAUGAGACAGCAUAGUACCCGAUACUGAAUUAAAUGGGAACUUCUAGACUGCAGGGGGAUUGUGAAAAGCAGACCAGCUAGGUGCCUAAAUACAGAUGCAGACAUGUAAUAAUAGUUGUUGGUUUUUUAAAAAUUGGCUAUAUACAUCGUAGUUCAUGGAAGUUGUAUUCUAGUUUCACUUAAGGAAUUGAUUUUUGACAUAAAAAGACAACAUUUUACUUAAGAUAACUAUUUUAGGAAUUAUGAACUAGACAAUUCUGAAACUCCAGAUGUUCCAAAGAUCAGUGCUCAGGGAAAUAAAUGGAAAGUCGAGAAAGCUACCUAUUAUGCUCCAUUGUUUAAAUGUAAACAAUUUUAGACUAUGGAUUUUUAAGAUUGUUAAAUUCAUAAAUUUUUUUUGUGUGUAUGUGUGUGUACAUGCCUGUGUAAGUGUGUUUGUGUUUUAUUUAAGUCCUUCCAGAAUGCCAUUGAAUUAGAAUAUUUAUUUGUUGCUCAGUUUUAGUUCCCAAAUUUCUACUUUUCUUCAUUUGGGCUUUUAUCCCCUGUUAUAGCUUAAUUUAGUGAUGGACAGAUUGCCCGAAUAAUGUCCAAGUUGGACUCCCACAGAAACCAGUAGGCAUCAUUUCAUUGACUUCAGUGGAUCUGGGCAAAAAUGAUAUGUAACACCUACUCUAAGUAAUCUUCAAAGUAAUCUUGAUCUUCUGGCAUGACAGGAUGCAGCAGUGGCAUAUUAUUUCUCAGUUAUUUGUGGUUUGUAUGGACAGCAGUAUUAAGGGAGGUCACCUAUGGCAUUAUACACAUUUUUUUAAAAGCAGGAAAAAAAAUUGACAGGCAAAUUGACCAAACAAGCCAUGUUUUCUUAAAGAUGGUAUAUCAGUGUUUCAGGUACCUGGUGACUAACUUUUCUGAUAAAACACCACACGAAUUUAUUUCUCAGUGAGAAGAAACUUCUAAAUACAGGAUACAAGAUGAAGCUUCACAAGCAUGAUUGCAGUAUUGUGAAGCUGUUUUUAGUAAACCUGAAUCAUCAUUAUAUCUUCUCAGCAAUAAUGUUAGAGUGUAUAAACUAUACUGUGCUGAAAUUGAAAAUAGGCUGGUGUGGGAAGCAUUGAAGCUUAGGUUAAUUACCUGACAGGACUCAUACCAUCCCUUUUUUUUCUGUUCUCUGUCACAUGAUUGUAAGGGGACUGCAAACCUGAUCUAUUCAUGUCACUGGAGGGUGUUAACUGCAAGGCUUUUGCCUUAACUAGCAAGGCCAGGGAGAGCAGAAGAGAAACAUCAUGUAUGUGUUGUCAAGUCUCCAUUUUGCCCAGCUGAAGUACUGACGAGGCUGCUUUUUGCCCCUUGGCUUGCUGUUUUAAUUUGCUUACAGCUUUACUCACAUCUGUUCAAAGGGAGGGAAGAAUAGAUGCAAUACUGCUGUUUUGGUCACAGUGGAGUACUGAUUUAGUAGCAGACUGCUCUCAGCUUUCCUGUCCCUUCUGCAGGUAAUAGCGGCUAGUCAAGGGAUGAAACGAUGGAAAAUCAAGUCUGCUGUCUUUGAUGAGACAGGAUUUUCCUUCAUGUGGAAAAAAUAUAUUCCCACCAGCCUAUUAGCAAUUCACAUGAAUUAUUUUCACACUCCAACAUCCUUGCUUAAGUCUGUUACUUAUACUUCGCAUUGUAAUUGACAGACAGAAUAUACAUAAAUCUAAAAACAGCUAAAAAUGAUGUCAGAGGGAAAUUGUGUUCAAGUAGUACAGAUUUUACUCGAAAGUUUGAUUUCACUGUAGGACUUCUUUAUUUCACCAAAAAGCGCUAUGGUGGCUGGUACAACUUAGAUAUAUUUCAGACAUACUGUUUAAUAAUCAGAAAAGGUUUCUGAAUGUUCACAUGAGAACGGCAAUCUGUUUCUGCUUUUGGAUAUAGUACCUAUGAAAACCUUUUCUUCAUUUUGCCAUUUAAUCCCAGAUUGAUCCUCAAGAAAAUGUCAGUAAUUGAUCUUGUAACUUUAGGAUCAAUAAAAUAAGUUUUAAAGCACAGCA